AUGUUCGAGGUAUAUAUCAUACGUCAUCAAUAUUCUCUCCCCCAUCUCCCCCUCCUGGAACCGGCUAACUCUUCUUAAACCUCUCAUAGUCGGCAUCAACCUACACCCUCCGCCGGCACCGGGCAAACAGCGUCGUCCUCACGCAAGCCGAAUUGGUGGAAAUCCGUGCUGCCCAGCGUACCUUUGAAGGUGCGUACCUGCGAACCGCGCUCUCGCAGUUCUCCUUUUCCCUCAUAAUCCUCCGGAUCUUCACGCAGGAAUUUUACUCCAUCGGCGCUCUUUUCGCGGUGUUUGGUGCAUUCAUCAUGCUCGCCAGUCUUUUAAGGAGGAGGAGUGGGAACAGGCAGUUCUUUAGAGAUGAGAACGAAGGGGGGAGGAAAAAGUUUAGGACCUCGGGGAAUGUGGGGGCUUUUCUUUUCUGCUCUGAAUAGGAUUGUUGCUGAUCUUCUUUGCUGAGGGAUAGGUCGUUGCGGUAGUUAGUUUGAUUAGUAUUGCGGCUUAUUCUGCGCUGCUGGUUCUGUUGUGUAGGUUACAGGGGGCGUAGGUUUGGAUUGAAUAAUUGGGCGUGUGUUCGGGAAUGGAAGUUGAUCCUGUGGUGAGUGUAUGUCUGUUCGCUAUUUGUUUGAUGAAUUUCAUUUGAUAGCAUGGGGUUUUGCUGAGCCUCGUUUUUCUUUUGCCAGUAUGUGAGAGAUGGCUCGCGAUCAUUGGCAAUAAGGAUUCAUAUACACCCAGCACCAAGAGUUGUUGGCGCUAGUUCCCCAUGACAUGGGAAAGUGCUAUUGUGCUAUUAAUUAUGGAAGCUUAAUCACCU